GCUGUUGUUAGGCAGGUGAGGCAGGGCGAGGUGGAGUCUCUUUUUCCGGUUCUGAGGUUCAGUCAGCGUGAGGCUCCUUGUCGUGCCACCGCGGCGAGUCUGUCUGAGACCUGUUGUCGACCACCCUGAGGAGCUGUCGCCGGCCGCCUCGCCUCUUUUCCUCUAAGCGCCAUGGCCUCAGGAUCCGAUUCUAAAGCAGAUGACUUAUCGACUGCUAUUCUGAAGCAGAAGAACAGGCCCAAUCGGUUAAUUGUUGAUGAAGCCAUCAAUGAAGACAACAGUGUUGUGUCACUGUCCCAGGCAAAAAUGGAUGAAUUGCAGCUGUUCAGAGGAGACACUGUCCUGCUAAAAGGGAAGAAGAGGAGAGAAGCAGUCUGCAUUGUUCUGUCAGAUGAUACGUGCUCAGAUGAGAAGAUUCGCAUGAAUAGGGUUGUUCGCAAUAACUUGAGAGUGCGCCUAGGUGAUGUGAUCAGCAUCCAGCCUUGCCCAGAUGUGAAAUAUGGCAAACGUAUCCAUGUGCUGCCAAUUGAUGACACAGUAGAAGGGAUCACAGGGAACCUGUUUGAGGUUUAUCUCAAGCCAUACUUCCUGGAAGCUUACAGACCCAUCAGGAAAGGUGACAUCUUCUUGGUGCGUGGAGGGAUGCGUGCAGUGGAGUUCAAAGUAGUGGAGACAGAUCCAAGCCCGUACUGCAUAGUGGCUCCAGACACAGUGAUCCAUUGUGAAGGAGAACCCAUCAAACGAGAGGAUGAAGAGGAGUCACUGAAUGAAGUGGGCUAUGAUGACAUUGGUGGCUGCCGGAAGCAGCUGGCUCAAAUCAAAGAGAUGGUGGAACUUCCUCUCCGACACCCUGCUCUCUUCAAGGCCAUAGGAGUGAAGCCUCCACGUGGGAUCCUGCUGUAUGGUCCUCCUGGCACUGGUAAAACACUUAUUGCCCGAGCAGUGGCCAACGAAACAGGGGCUUUCUUCUUCCUGAUCAAUG